AUGGCAACACCAAACAGAAAUCUCAGCCUGGCUAUGCUUCAGCAUGAAUUUAUAGUUGCCAUCAGGUUAUGGUUGGGCAUUUCUAUAUUUCUUGCAGCAAGUUCCAACAACGCAUCAAGAUGUGAGUGUGGUCAAGUCAUUAACCGCUUUGGUGGUCAUCUGUUAAUGUGCAGCUAUGACAGUACCAUGUUGAAACGUCACAAUGCUUUAUGUGAUAUACUUUGGUAUGCACUACUUUCUGACAACAAUUCUUGUAGAAGAGAACAGAACUGUUCUGCUAAUCAUCAAUCUUGCCCUGGUGACAUUUAUCAUCCACACUUCCUUAAUGGAAACCCCGCUUUUUGGUAUCACUGCCCGCAAUUCAUUGCCUUUGUCUGUGCUGCUGCCAUUGAAGCCGAUUUACCUCAUCUCUAUAGAAAGUUUGGGAUAUUGGACUCCGGCGAGUCUGGAAUUAUUGCUUUGAAAUCAACGACAUUUACUGGGACUACUUUGAAUCAAGCUCUCCGAAAUCUUUUUGAACAGUUAUCGGGUGGUUUUUGGGCUGAAAUUUCUGACCUGCUGCACAUGGGCUUAUAUACGGGCAUGGGCGUUAUUUCAGUGUGGGUGUUAUUAUGGGCGAAUACGUAUGCACCUAUUCUUGAAGAAAAGUCAAAAGUUAGAGUUCCAAUUUUUAAAGGAAAGCCAAAUGCUUUUGCUAUUCAGCUGUUUUGCAUUGAUGAGAGAUAUGAGAUGAGGUCACGGGACAUGCUAUCAGCUGUGUUUGAGUUGUUCCCAGAUCGUGACUUCUGUGUAGUUACUCAGCCCCACUUGGUUCCUGAAUAUCCUCUUUUGCAACAGUUCGUGCGUGUCACUCCAAAGCCAACAACUACACUUCACCAGGAGCUAUAUAUUGCUCAUCGAUGUAGCUUGCUUGAAGAUGUUUUUGUUAGAAGAUGUACCUCAGCUGAUAGAGAUGACAUUGUGGCACUGAUAAAUGAUAUAGAGAACAAAGAGUGUAUUUUGAGUGAUGUUGAUCAUUUCAAUUCUGCCAGGCGGGGUCAUCUCAAUGAUGGUGGAAUUUCAUUGAACGUUUUUGUAGCUGAGUGUUUAGGACAAGUGAUUGGCAUCUCCAUUAUCAGAGAUGAAAAGGACAUUGAAUUUAUUCGUUCUCACUAUGACAUUGAAAGCUUUGUCUAUUUUGCCCAUCAUCGACGUGAUGAGCAUGCUCACUUGUAUCACUUGGUUCUUAAUCCAAUUUUCAGUCAUUUUUCAAAACAGCUGUUGAAGGAAACACUCAGACUUUCACAUAAGACGUGUAUUUACUAUCCCAUUUAUCCUCAACACUCAGUUGGUCAGGAAGUUAAAUCUCACUCUCUGGUACCCUGUCUUCAUGACUUUGUUCCAGUCAGGUCAGAUUCUCAGCUACUAAGUUGA